UUUGCAGAUGCUAAGAGGUUGAUUGGUAGGAAAUACAGUGAUCCCAUUAUUCAGAUAGACAAAAUGAUGUGGCCAUUCAAUGUUGUUGCUGAUAUCAAUGACAAACCUAUGAUCAUCAUUAAGUACAAAGGGCAAGAGAAGCUCCUUUCCGCUGAGGAAAUAUCAUCUAUGAUCCUCAUGAAAAUGAAGGAGAUUGCAGAAGCAUAUUUGGAAGCACAGGUAAAAGAUGUUGUUGUUACUGUGCCGGCUUAUUUCAAUGACUCUCAGCGAAAAGCCACCAUAGACGCUGCUUUAAUUGCUGGCCUCAAUGUUAUGCGGAUAAUCAAUGAACCUACUGCUGCAGCUAUUGCAUAUGGCAUUGACAAGAGAACUAACUGUGUUGGAGAGCGGAAUAUUUUCGUUUUUGACCUUGGUGGUGGUACUUUUGAUGUGUCUCUUCUCACAAUUAGGGAUAAGGUCUUCCAAGUUAAGGCCUCUGCUGGAAACACUCACCUAGGGGGAGAGGACUUUGACAACAGAAUGGUGAAUUACUUUGUAGAGGAGAUCAAAAGGAAGAACAAAGUGGACAUUAGUGGGAACUUAAGAGCGCUAAGGAGGUUGAGAACUGCAUGUGAAAGGGCAAAACGGACACUCUCCUUUGCCGUUAGUACCUGUGUUGAGGUUGAUGCUUUGUUCCAAGGCAUUGACUUAUGUUCUUCAAUCACACGUGCAAAGUUUGAAGAAAUUAAUAUGGAGCUCUUUGUGGAGUGCAUGGAGACU